GAAUCCAGGGUUUGAGUCUUAUUAUCUUACAUAGAAUUAAAUUCUGUGUCUUUUGAUACAUAAACAAAGUUUCUCAACUGAAACCAUUAAUUAAAAAACUUAAUUUAACUUGAAAAAAUUGAAAAGCCGGUUGAAAACUAAUUAUGAGGCCAGCUGACGUAGUGGAAACAUUGCAUGAGGUUGUAAAUGAGUGAGAUCGAUAGAGCGAAAAAUUCUCUAUCUGUCUACCUAGAAAAAUUAACUAUUGAACCUCAAAGAAUGGGCUAAAAAUCUAAAAAACCGAGACGACAAAAGCACGUCGCAGUUCGACAGCUCAGCACCCUUCAAUAUUUUGAAUGGUGCUCAAACAAGAAAAAUGCUCUCAGAGAUUCAGAUAGUAGGCUUUGUGGAGAAUUCAAUUUUCUAUCUUUUGGUAUAUAAAUUACAUUACUUUUAUAAAUUGCAUUACUUUUAUUAUUUUAGAAUGGCCUUAAAUACUACUUUAUACUCUAACUACACGACAACGAAUAAUGUUAUUACUGUUCAACUAUAUCAAAUAGUACUUGGUUGUUUAACAUUUUUUCUUGUAUUGCCAUUUGUCCUGUUUCAUUUCCACAGAUUUCCAAUUGGUAGUACUGGAGCUGUUCUUACCGGUGCUAUGCUUAUGGUUAUAUGCACAGUUUUAUCACAAGAUACGGUUUAUACUAUUAUUGGUGAUAAAAAUAAUUUAAAAACUAUUUUCUUGCUAUGGGGUAUGAUGAUGAUUUCACAAUAUUUUGAGCGGGAAAAAUUAAUUGACUAUUUAUUAAAUAUUCUGUUUCGUCCUGGUCUACAUUUUAUUGGGUGCCUUUUUCGAUUGUCGAUAAUUGAUGCAUGUCUAUCAGCAUUAUUUACCAAUGAUGUCGCAUGCGUUAUUUUGACACCAUUGAUAUUGACUAAAUGGACAGAACAAAAACGUGAUAUACAUGAAUUGAACACUUUAUUAUUAUGUCUGGCAACAAUGGCAAAUAUUGGAAGUGUUUUAACAAUCUUCGGUAAUCCACAAAUGGCGUUGAUAGCGUCAAAAACAACUUCAUUCCUACGUAGUCGUCUGGAUUUAAAAACAUGCGUAAUCUAUAUAUGGUUACCGGCAUUUAUUUGCUGGUUAUUGAAUCUGUGUUUUCUAGUACUACAUUAUUAUUGCUCGACUCGCUUAAGAAGAAACUCAACCGAUGAUCAAAAAAUGUAUGGCGCACGGAAAAUGUCUGAUGCAACAAAUAACGAGAUAUCUCUGGAUCCAGUUGAUAUUCAACAUGAGAUUUAUCGGGAUGAGUAUACUUUAUCGCCGAAAAUAGGUAAUAGUGCCGGUAAACAACAACGCACCCAAUCAUUACCAACCUCGACUAUGAUCAGUAGAAGUGUUUCCGUAGCGUCAUUUUCCUUUCAUGAUAGUGAUCAUAAGGGUGAUGCUGAUUCAUUCGAACCAUCAAAUUCAAAAUUUUUUAAAUGUCUCCUCGUUUUCAUGAUUAUAGUUGUUAUUGCACUAUUAUUUGCAUCCAACGAUCGCGUUUCAUUCGACAUAGGAUUGGUGCCAAUUGGCGGGGCUAUUAUAUUAAUGGUGGUCGAUUGUAUCCUAAAUCAUCGUUCACCUGAAAAAAUUUUUCAUCGUAUUGAUUGGAAUGUUUUGUUACUGUUUUUCGGUAUUUUUGUUUGGUUAUAUGGGUUAAAUUCUACAGGCAUACCUCAUCUUGUUUGGAAUGCAUUAAAAUUAGAAAACACUGAUUUUCGUCAAAUAUCGUCAACUCUUCUAUUGUACAUAUUCAUAUUGAUUGGAUCAAAUAUUUUUUCAAACGUUCCUCUAACAAUUCUUGUGCUCAAUGAAGUACCACCUGAUGGUGAUCAUUUAAAUCUUAUAUUAUAUUUAGCUUUUGUAUCGACAUUAGCUGGAAAUCUAACUCUAUUUGGAAGUGUGGCAAAUCUUAUCGUUGCACAAAAAUCAUUGGCAACAAUCAAUCAUCGUUUUACUUUUUGGAUUUAUCUCAAAUUCGGCUUCAUAACAACUAUUAUUUUAAGUUUAGUAGGCUUAUUUACUAUAUAUGGUCUGACACAUGCAAUAAAGUAG